AUGCAGCAGUUCAUACCGUUACCCCCUGGUCCUAAAAAAAUGCCAAUCAUAGGAAACCUCCUUGAUAUUCCAUUAGUUGACAUGGCAAAAGUGUUCGCAGAAUGGAAAAGCUUGCAUGGCGACAUAAUCUAUCUUGAGGCAUUGCACCAACGGAUUAUGGUGCUUAACUCCUUCGAACAUGCUAACGAACUUUUAUCCAAGAAAUCCUAUUCUGAUCGUCCGGUACCUAUAAUGCUGGGAGAGCUCAUGGGUCUUGACCAGAGCUUUCCUUUACUCCGAUACUGCGCUGCGUGGAAACACCAGAGGAAGUUUGCUCAUUUGGCUCUGAGCGCUGGCGCCAUCAAAGAAUACAGCAAGUUGCAAUCGGAGGCCGUCGUGUUGUUUCUGGACAGUCUUGUUGAAACCCCAAGUGAUUUCAUAUCUCAGCUUCGGUUGGCUGCAGGCCGCAUUGUGUUGUCCAUGACAUAUGGUGUCCCAGUAAAAAGCCCGCAGACGAUGAAUUUUAUUGCUGAGCUGGAGAUCAUGAUGGCCACCAUAGGCAAAGGAAUGAUGCCAGGAGCAUACCUUGUCGAUGCAUUUCCAUGGCUCAGAUAUAUCCCUUCUUGGAUCCCAUUCAAUAACAUUCAUGCCAUUGCUAAAGAAGGCCGCAUGCGCCUUCUUCAUGUUGUUGGACUACCUUUUGAAUACGCGAAGCAACAAGCCUCGUCACCUUCGCCAGCCACAUCCUUCAUCGCUACUUGUCUUCAGGUGGAAGGCGCUACUGACAUGGAACAUCACAUACUGUGGGCUGCUGGUUCGAUGUAUGGGGCUGGUAGCGAAACGGCAAGAUUUCAAUACACUAUGGGCACAAUUCUGGCUUUCAUUCUCGCCAUGGCCUUGUACCCUGAUAUUCAGACCAAGAUAAGGAUGGAGCUCGAUCGCGUCGUCGGUCAUGGGCAGCUCCCGACAUUGGAUGAUCGCUCCCGCUUACCUUACGCGAAUGCUGCUAUCAAAGAAACAAUGCGAUGGAAUCCAGUAGUUCCUUUAUGUGUUCCUCAUUUUACCAGCAAGGAAGACGUAUACCAAGGGUUCCGCGUGCCUAAGGGAACAGUUGUUUUUCCGAAUAUUUGGUCAGUGGCAUUCUCUAGGGAUGACAUCAGCGGAAUUUCUCCUGACGAAUUUGCACCAGAGCGUUUUCUGGACGAUUGCGUCGAAAGGACAGCAUUGGACCCAUAUUCAUACGCUUUUGGAUUUGGUAGGAGGAUAUGUCCCGGCAGGUUUUUUGCGGAUAACAGUGUAUUUUUAUUUGUAACCGGCCUCGUGUCUACCUUCGUUAUAUCUCCGACUGUUGGAUCAGAUGGAAGGGACUCCCUUUUGAGGGCGCCGUUUAGACAGGGUUUGAUGAGGUUCCCUGAAUCGUUCCAAGUUCGUAUAGUUCCCCGCUCUGAGCAGCUAGCAGCAGAGCUCCAAGCCAGGGCUAGGGAAAUAUCUAAGAAUGGCGACGAAGUGCCGCAGCAAUCUGUAGCGAGAGGAUGA